UUUCAAACUAUCCAGCAUUGAGAUUGAUUUAGCAAGCAAAUAAGAUAAUAAGCUAACGUUUGCUAGCUAGCAAUUAUGACCAUGGAUGCGUCUCAAUAACCAGUGGCUUCCUUUCCUCCUCAGUGUGAGAGAUGGCACAACUGAUUUAGGGGAACCCCCUGUUACUCUACCUACGGUGGGCACCAACCUGACAGACCUGACUCUGAAGAGGAAGAGGGUGACUGUGAGAGAGCUGGGAGGCUGUAUGGGUCCUAUCUGGCCCAGUUACUAUACGGACUGCUCCUCUGUCAUCGGACCUCCCUUGUACCAUGAGUCUCGUAGAGAUGAUGUCACUGUUCAGGAUGGAUGACAUCAUCGCCUCUGCCACCCAGCCAAUCACGACCCUGGAACUGAGCGCUCGUUCCGGCCAGGGACUCCAGGAGGUGUUGGGCUGGCUGGACUCCACCC